GGCCUGUAUGCAGAGCUUCUCAAAUGUGAGGAAGCGGCAAAACUUCCGAGGAGGAUGCCAAUGAGAAACUACAAGGAGACAGCGACUUUCCAAAUUGAAAAAGAUUCUUCAGCAAGUCACAGUUUCCAAGAACUGCCAUCUCCUAAAAUGGCCAAAUCUCCGUCUCUUCAGAGAGUUUCUGGCCUCCAUGCCUUUCGGCCUCCAGAUUCUACUUUCAACUCACAGGAAUCCCCUAAAGUUCGGAGCCCUCCACCAGAGCAAAUGAUUGAAAACGGUGUGCCUUCCGAUGCAAAGGAUAAGGAACCAUCAAUAAAAAGACAGGAUAGUUUUGAAAUGAGACUACCAGAGUUACCCAAGAUUGAUGUCCCUGCUCAUCGACAAACAUCCAAUGGUUCUGAUCCUGAAUCACCCGUCUCACCUCUCUUGACGUCUGAUCCCAAAAAUGAGCGUUCCCAUUCGCAAACUUUUAGUCGGCCUCAUAGCAAAUUCGAUGAGGUGUCAAUGAAAAUGAAAGAAGCAAAGGAUACACAACAUCGAGAAGCACCAUCAUUUUGGAGACUUGUAGAGCUUAGCUUAGCAGAGUGGCUUUAUGCUGUUUUAGGAAGCAUUGGGGCGGCCAUUUUUGGUUCAUUUAAUCCUCUUCUUGCUUAUGUUGUUGCACUGAUAGUAACGGCGUAUUAUAGAUCAGAUGAAAAACAUCAUUUGCGGCAGGAAGUAGACAAGUGGUGCUUAAUCAUAGCCUGCAUGGGUAUUGUGACAGUGGUUGCUAACUUUUUGCAGCACUUUUACUUCGGUAUAAUGGGGGAGAAGAUGACUGAACGCGUUAGGAGGAUGAUGUUUUCCGCAAUGCUUCGCAAUGAAGUUGGAUGGUUUGAUGAGGAUGAGAACAGUGCCGAUACCCUGUCCAUGCGUUUGGCAAAUGAUGCUACUUUUGUCAGAGCUGCUUUUAGCAACCGGCUUUCAAUAUUUAUACAGGACAGUGCAGCAGUUAUUGUGGCUGUUCUUAUUGGGAUGCUACUACAAUGGCAAUUGGCGCUUGUUGCUUUGGCUACCUUGCCUAUUCUUAUUGUUUCUGCCAUUGCUCAGAAAUUAUGGCUUGCUGGAUUCUCAAAGGGCAUACAGGAGAUGCACAGGAAAGCAUCUUUGGUCCUUGAGGAUGCAGUUAGAAAUAUUUACACCGUUGUUGCGUUUUGUGCCGGUAACAAAGUAAUGGAGCUUUACAGGUUGCAACUACAGAAGAUAUUCAAGCAGAGCUUUUUUCUUGGAAUGGCUAUCGGUUUUGCCUUUGGCUUUUCACAGUUUCUUCUUUUUGCUUGCAAUGCUCUACUCCUCUGGUACACUGCAACCUCUGUGAAAAAUGGUUAUAUGGAUCUGCCGACGGCUCUCAAGGAGUACAUGGUGUUCUCUUUUGCAACAUUUGCACUUGUGGAGCCUUUUGGCUUGGCUCCAUAUAUACUUAAGAGAAAGAAAUCCCUGACAUCAGUAUUUGAAAUCAUUGAUCGAUCACCAAAGAUUGACCCCGAUGAAAACUCUGCUCUGAAACCUCCUAAUGUUUAUGGGAGCAUUGAGUUGAAAAAUGUUGAUUUUUCUUAUCCAACUAGGCCAGAAAUCUUGGUACUGAGCAAUUUCAGUCUUAAAGUCAACGGGGGUCAAACAGUAGCAGUAGUUGGAGUCUCAGGAUCUGGAAAAAGCACUAUAAUAUCUUUGAUAGAGAGAUUUUAUGAUCCAGUUGCUGGUCAGGUUUCUCUAGAUGGCAGGGAUUUAAAACUGUACAACUUGAGAUGGUUGAGGAACCAUCUGGGUCUUGUUCAGCAGGAACCAGUUAUCUUCUCAACGACCAUAAGGGAAAAUAUCAUAUAUGCAAGGCACAAUGCAAGUGAUGCUGAGAUGAAAGAGGCAGCAAGGAUAGCAAAUGCUCACCAUUUCAUUAGCAGCUUGCCUAACGGUUAUGACACACACGUUGGGAUGCGGGGUGUGGAUCUGACCCCAGGACAGAAACAAAGAAUUGCAAUUGCCCGGGUUGUUCUGAAGAAUGCACCCAUUUUGUUGUUGGAUGAAGCAAGCUCAUCUAUUGAGUCCGAGUCGAGUCGAGUGGUACAGGAGGCUCUUGAUACCCUCGUGAUGGGAAACAAAACCACCAUUCUGAUUGCCCAUAGAGCAGCUAUGAUGAGGCAUGUUGACAAUAUUGUUGUACUUAAUGGAGGUCGGAUUGUUGAGGAAGGGACCCAUGAUUCAUUGUUGGCGAAAAAUGGCUUGUAUGUCCGCUUGAUGCAACCUCACUUUGGUAAGGGCUUGCGUCAGCAUAGACUGGUUUAGGUAAGGUUUGUGAUUGACUGUAAAAUAUAUCUGUUCUUCAUAGCCAUUGGAAAGUCUGCCCAUUUGUUGAAAUACUGGCAAUGUUGACAGCUCUCCGUUCUCAAAUUUUGAUUGCUGGGGCUUUCCAAAAUGGGUAACAUGAGCAAGGGCUUGUGAAAACCAACAUCUAGCUUGGACAGAAGCAAUUGUGGUUGCAGGUGCUGUGAGGUUAACUCCGAAGACUGUGGCAGUUAAAUUCUGAGUGUUUAAGGUUGAGAAGUAGGUUUCACACAAUUUGGUUAGCCUAUGACAGUAGGCUUUCAGGGUUAGGUGCAUAUUCUUUUGGAGGCAAGCAUCAUAAGGUUAGAAUAGUGCUUUGUCUUCAUGGUAUAUUGA